UUUUCCGUUCUGUUCUAACUCACGUCUCUCUCUCUCUCUUUCCUCUGUUUCAUCGAUCCAAGACGCCGCGUCAUCACUGAGACAUGGCUGUUCGCAACACGCUAUCCGGACAACUCCUCCGCCGCAGCUCCGUCGUAGCCGGAGCCAGAUUCAUGUCAUCGUGGUUCCGGAGCAUCGAGCCCGCUCCCAAGGAUCCAAUCCUUGGUGUCACCGAAGCUUUUCUCGCCGAUCAGAGUCCAAACAAAGUCAAUGUUGGAGUUGGUGCAUAUCGUGAUGACAACGGGAAGCCUGUGGUUCUGGAAUGUGUCAGAGAAGCCGAGAGGAGGAUCGCAGGAAGCCAGUUCAUGGAGUAUCUUCCUAUUGGUGGAAGCAUAAAGAUGGUGGAAGAAUCACUAAAGCUAGCAUAUGGAGAGAACUCCGAGUUCAUCAAAGAUAAAAGAAUAGGUGCAGUUCAGGCUUUAUCCGGGACUGGAGCGUGUCGACUUUUUGCUGCAUUUCAACACCGUUUCCAUCCAAACAGCCAGAUCUACAUACCGGUGCCUACAUGGGCGAACCACCAUAACAUUUGGAGGGAUGCUGGAGUACCUAUGAAGACCUUCCGUUACUAUCACCCUGAGACUAGAGGAUUGGAUUUUUCAGGACUGAUGGAAGACAUAAAGAAUGCACCAGAUGGUUCAUUCUUUCUGCUUCAUGCUUGUGCUCACAAUCCUACUGGAGUAGAUCCUUCGGAAGAACAAUGGCGAGAGAUCUCGUCCCUCAUCAAGAUUAAAGGUCAUUUUCCUUUCUUUGACAUGGCGUAUCAAGGUUUUGCAAGCGGUGAUCCAGAGCGAGAUGCGAAGGCCAUCAGAAUUUUUCUUGAGGAUGGUCAUUUGAUAGGACUUGCACAGUCAUAUGCAAAAAAUAUGGGACUCUAUGGCCAGCGAGUUGGGUGCCUUAGCGUGCUUUGUGAAGAUGAGAAACAAGCUGUGGCAGUAAAAAGUCAAUUGCAGCUACUUGCUAGACCAAUGUACAGUAAUCCACCUGUUCAUGGAGCACUUAUAGUUUCAACUGUUCUUGGUGACCCAGAAUUGAAGAAUUUAUGGCUUAAAGAAGUUAAGGUUAUGGCGGACCGGAUCAUUGGAAUGCGUGCCACCCUGCGAGAAAACCUAGAAAAAUUGGGGUCUCCUUUGCCAUGGCAGCACAUAACCAACCAGAUUGGCAUGUUCUGCUAUAGUGGGUUGACACCUGAACAAGUUGAUCGUAUGACGAACGAGUUUCAUAUUUAUAUGACUCGUAAUGGUCGAAUAAGUAUGGCUGGUCUUAAUACUGGCAAUGUUGGAUAUGUAGCUAAUGCCAUUCACGAGGUCACAAAAUCAGCUUAGAUGAUUCAGCUGAACAAAGAGGCCAAAAGUUUUUUGUCUUAUGAAAUGUCAAACACCGAGUUGUCCUUUUCAGGGCUCAAUAAAAUUAAAAAUUUAGAACCAUUCUUGUUAUUAUUGUUGACACUUUUUACCGCGGUGCAUUUGCAGUUAGGUAGUGAUACCUUCAAGGGGUGGUUCAUAUUAAAGACCCCCUUAGCAUUUAUAUCUCCAUUUUUUGUAGCACUAUGUUGUGCUUCUCGCUACCUCUCCAAAUUUUUCUAGCAAACAAUAAAUAUUUGAGAAGUGGGUUGGAAUUUAAGACUCGCUUAUUUAUGAUACUAUCA